AUGGAUGUCUGUUAUAACCUUAAUUUAAAUUCGCCACAAACCAUAACAGCUGUAACCACCUCUAGGAUCCAAGAACUCAAAAGUCAAAAAGUUUUUGAAGCAAUGUUAUCGAGUGCUGCUGGAUUGGCGAUACGAGCUAGUCAGAUAGCGUUUGCUCUGCUGGCUAGCCUUGGAAUCGACGGCACGAAUUAUCCCACUCAAACUGAUCUUAAAAAUGACACAUCAUAUGACUAUAUCAUCGUUGGAGGUGGUAGUGCAGGCUCGGUAGUAGCUACAAGAUUAGCUGAAGAUAAGAAAAACAAGAUUUUGGUGUUGGAAGCUGGACACACCCCACCUAUAAAUGCUUUGUUAGCCGGACUCUUCGUGACACUUCCAAUGUCAUACGUUGACUAUAACUACACAUCUACAUUUGAUCCCUACGCUGCUGGGGGUCAAGGAAACUAUACUAUUUUAACAGCUGGGAAGAUGCUGGGAGGUAGUGACUCUCUAAAUCAUCUUUUACAUACCAGAGGUUGUCCCGAUGACUUAGAUAGAUGGGCAAAAAUAGUAGAUGACGACUCGUGGAAAUAUGAGAAUUUUCUAAAAUACUUUAUCAAAAGUGAAAGAGUUGACGAUGAAGAAAUAGUUAGCACUUUUCCACAAUAUCAUGGUACAAAUGGACCUAUGGGAUUGACAAGAGAAACGUCAGACAAAGUAGCACCAUACCUCGCCUCCUUUGCUGAAGUCGGUCACCCCACAGUCUUAGAUCUUAACGCCAAUAAAACUCAAGGGUAUACGCAACCGUUAUACAUGAUUGCAGAUAAAAUAAGGCAAACGCCUGCAAAAUCAUAUUUGGGAUUAGUCAAAGAUUAUUCCAAUCUUCAUAUAUCUACUGAAACUCGAGUUGCAAAAGUUUUAUUCAAAGAUAAUGUAGCAGUAGGUGUAGAAGCUAUUUACAAAGGAAAAACCUAUACUCUUCAUGCUAAAAAAGAAAUAAUACUCAGUGCUGGUGUAAUUAAUACUCCUCAAGUAUUAAUGCUUUCUGGAGUGGGACCCAAAGAUCAUCUAACACAAAUGAAAAUAGAUGUUCUUGCAGAUCUACCAGUAGGAAAGAAUUUCACAGAUCAAGUUGCGACAACACUGGUGUUUAAAACAAAAAAAUAUUUAUUACCUAAUCCACUAGAUUUGAUACCAGACCCCACGAAGGUGCCGUUCCCCGUAAUGGUUGGGUCAGUGGCUUUAAGUAAAUGUAAAAAAUGCCCUGAUUAUCAGGUGUAUUCCUUAUUGCUGCCCCAUGACACACCACAGUUAACAUUGGCUUGCCGUGACACCUUUUGGUAUCGCACUGACAUCUGUGAUAGUUGGCAGAAACAGGUCGUUGGCAGAGACACUUUGUACACUGUGUUAGCUAAUAUUAGCCCACGAUCUAGAGGUUCAGUUAGCUUAAGAAGUACUGAUCCAUUUGAUGAUCCAGAAAUUACGACAGGCUAUUUUACUGACGAGACAGACUUGAAAAAUAUGGUGAAAUUUGUUAAGAAUUUUAUUCAAGUUGGAAAAACCUCCUACUUUCAAAAGGUUAAAGCUGAAUUGGUCGGUUUAGAUCUUGAUGAAUGUUCACAUAAAAAUCCUGGUUCUGACGAAUUCUGGGAGUGUUACAUUUUAAAUAGGGCAAUUAGUCCAUACCACUAUACAGGCACGUGUGCUAUGGGCAGCUUAGUUGAUGGUUCGCUGAAUCUUUUAGGUUUUAAAAGGAUAAGAGUGAUAGAUGCAAGUGUUAUUCCAGAACCACCCAAAGGUGCACCUAAUGCUGCUGUUAUAGCUUUAGCUGAGAAAGGCGCCGAUAUGAUUAAAAGUGAAAGCUAUUACUAA